AUGCAAAAUGAUCAGCAGCAUGAGCAACGGAGAUCUUUUAUAUCUGAGCAAUUAGUUAGAUUUAAGAGAUACGUAAGAGGAAGAAAAUUACUUAAAUACGCUCUUUUCGCAAUAGGAACAAUCGCGUCGGUUGUUAUGAUUGUUUUAUACUAUAUAUACUAUAUGAUGAGGCCAUUGGACCGAAAAGGAAGUGAUCUUCCACCAUCAAAUGAACUAGAUGAAAUGAGAGAAAAUAGUGCACAAAAGUAUACACUGCCAGAAUCCAUACCAGCAGAAAUGAACAUCAAGGGCUUAAGCAAUGUAGAGCCGGGCUCUGGUGAAUUGGAGUGCAGUAACUUUCACUUGCAUGCAAAAAAUAAUCUUAGCACUAUUAUAACAGAAAUAACAGAGAAAAUAAUGAUAGAGGAUUUACUAAAUGUGUAUAAACAGAGUAUAUACACUCCCUCAAAAACAUGCAAUGACAAUCUUUGUGGGAGAUGCUCGGAUUGCUCAUUUUAUGAGGAUGAAUCGCUCUAUAAUAAGCUGCUCAAUUCUGUAAAAACAUACCCGCAGAGUUUUAUGUAUGAUACGACUGAAAAAAUGACAGAAUGUAUAGAUGGGAUCAAGACACUGUACUCGAACUUCGACGAAAAGUACAUGCAAUUUUUAGCUGAAGAGAUUGCAAAUGAUAGAAUUCUAUUCAUCACACUAAGGAUUACAUCCCCAAACACGUGUGUUUCAAAGAAAGUGCCGUUUGUGUGUAGCAUAUUUGCAGAAGGGCUUAACUCAUGUACUGCUCAUAGAUUUAGGCUGCAAAUUGUAACCAAAUGCGAGAAGCAGGAGUACAUAGAGAAGCUUGAGGAGUAUUUCAAAUACAUGGGAUACAGUCUGCGCGCAUCUCUUAAAGAAGCAUGCAGAUCUAUAUGCGGGCUUAAAAGAGGGGAGAGUGUAGAAUUCUUAUUCUCCAUAGCAGCGCCUUCUCACAUCAAUAUAAGUAAUCUUUCUAGCAAAACCCAAAAUAUGACCACAUGUGAAUCUCAAAUGGUUAACAGAAAGCUGCUUAAGGGGGCUAGAACUUCUAUUUACACAAUUAACUACUGCAACACAAAUAAGCAGGAGUGUGCUGAUGCCAUUGGAAAGUAUAAGCUGGCCCACUUCUUUUCCUUAUUUGGUACUCCAAAGAAGAGAAUCCAGAAGGAUGAACUUUUAGUCGCAUUCUCUGCCACCCCAAAUAGAUCAGUUGAAAGGUUCUAUGAUUCUGCAUUAAAAUAUUUCAGAGAGCUAAUUAGAUUGCCAGGAAGAGAAAAGAAGAAUCCAGACCAAGGAAAGUACUAUGGAAGUGAAGAGGUAUACGGCCUGAGCUUCUUGUCCUCACUAUGCAGUUGGAAUUAUAACAAACGGCCAAUUUCUAUUAGAAUAGUUGCCAAGAACAAUAGCAUUGAGUCAUUUUCCGCAUGUGGAACAACUCUAUAUGCACCAUGCACGGUGAAAGAAGCUCUUAUUCUAGCGCCUAUUUUUGACCAAUUUGUUAUUCUUUCAAACACUGCAAGCUCUGAGUUUAUACAAACUGCUAGAAACUGCUUACAGACCCUUGAGUACAAAAAGCCAGACAGUGCUAUUGUAAUAGAUAUUGAGCAGGAGAAUGCACAUAUUUCUGGAUACAUUAGAGUAUAUAACCCAGAAAACCAGUUAGAGUUCACCAGUAUAUACGAAUUUGAUAUGUUGAUGGGGCUUAAUACUGCACUAGAAAAGGACACUAAAGAGCCUUGGCUGUGCACAUUUAUGCAGUCCUUUGCCUUUACCACGUGUAGCUCAAAACCAGAGGAAUCUUCUGCACUUGAUGAAAUUGUAACAGAACGAAAGUUUUUGGGUACCUGUAAGCCAGAGCUGUUAAAAGACCCCAUGCAUAUAAAAGAAUGCUCAAAGGACACACAUGAUGUGCUGGAUGUUCUGUACGAGCAUCUUUCAGAUAGUAAAGUCGGCGCAGUAAAAUGCUUAUCUCUUCUUGUUGGAGAAUCUCUAUUCUUAAAGCUAGCAAUUGAAAAAGAAGAAGCUGGGAAAAAAGAAGUUUACACUACAUUCUAUAACUAUAAAAACAAGAACUUGGUUGAUAAUAUCCGAAAGGCGCUCAAAUCCAAUGUGUUUUUCGGAAUUUUCAAUAAGAAAGACUUGGUUGCUUGGCGUGGAGUAUCUGUUGCACACAACAAAUAUGUGGAUACAAUAGAAAACGCUUCGAUAAAUGUAGUUGACUAUUUAUACUACAGGUUAUAUUUCUUAUCCCGGCCAAUUUUAAAUACUAUUAAGAGAGACAAUCUAAUGGAAAUAGCGCUGAACACAGAUUCACACAAGAUAGAAGAUUCAUUCUUUGAGUGGCUAUCUGGCUUUGAACGAUUCAAGACCCUGUCAAUCUCGCAUCCAAUUGUUUUCAUGCUCAUGGAGUGCACAACCGGCCACUCUCUUAGCUUUAACAUUGAAAUGCUAGAGAAGAAGAUUAAGUCAAAGGCAGAAGAAACCACCUGCAAGAUAUCCAUCCAAUGCGGAGCCUUUAAAGAAACACUUGACCUAGACUACAUAGAGCUAGGAAAGGAAAGCUCCACCGCAUCAGUUAAUGAAAAGUCACUUCGACUAAUACUCGCACAAAUACUGAACCUCCCUUCUAUUAAGGAGGACUCUACUGCAUUUUUAAACAUACUGGUUGAAACUUUCCCGCACUACCCUAUUGCACGUGUCCUUGUAAAAGAAUAUGGUGCAUACACCUCAGAUGCAUAUCUUGGUGUGAAGAAGUUUAAAAUCAAUAUUCAAGAGCUGAAAGAAAAUGCAAAGAUCUUUGCUAAAGAAACCGGCGAUGUGUUCUCGGUGCAAACAGUGCCCAAAAUUAUUAAUGGAAACAUUGGAAUCCUUCUUGCUAUUGCAUAA